AGGAAACGUCAAUUUUUUUUUUGGCGUUUAAACGAAACGAGCAAAGUAUCAAUUUUUCUGUCACAUAAGUUCACAGUGCAAAAAGAAAAAACGAAAGAACUUCUUUUUUUCGGGGUGUGACGAUCUUUUUCCAACAAACUUCUUCCCAAUUAUUUAGUCCACAACUGGACGAGUAAUUAUUUAACAAAAACAAAACAAAAAAUGAAAAACGUUAAGUGAAAUAUAGAUAAAACCUUCGAUCGAACUACAUAUUCAAGUGCGCAUAUGAGCAGCAGCCAGCCAAACUAGUGAAUUCCGAAAACCGAGAAGAAGAAAAUUCGUUUCAAGGUCAGCUGCAAAGGGCAAAGGAAUGGCUGGUGACCUUACAGGAUGUGCGGCUCUUAAGAAAUCAAAGUCCAAAGGAACCGAUAAGGACAAUGCCAACAAGCGAGAUAAUGGCGAUUCGUCGAGCAAACCGAACACGGUUAUGCAAACAACUCGCGGUGGUUUACGGGUCUAUAAAAUAGUUAUUCUCGGCGAUGGAGGUGUGGGAAAAUCUGCUGUAACAUUGCAGUUUGUGAGCCACAGUUUCCUCGACUAUCAUGACCCUACUAUUGAGGACUCAUAUCAACAGCAGGCUGUUAUCGAUGGCGAAGCAGCUUUGUUAGAUAUACUUGACACUGCCGGUCAGGUCGAAUUUACAGCAAUGCGCGAUCAAUACAUGCGCUGUGGUGAAGGCUUUAUAAUUUGCUAUUCUGUAACCGAUCGUCAUAGUUUUCAAGAAGCAUCCGAAUAUCGAAAACUUAUAACACGUGUUCGUCUAUCUGAAGAUAUUCCUCUCGUUCUAAUUGCGAACAAACUAGAUUUGGAAAUGCAUAGAAAAGUUUCAACAGAAGAAGGCAGAAACCUUGCCUCACAAUUUGGCUGUCCAUUCUAUGAGACAUCUGCUGCUCUUCGACAUUACAUUGAUGAUGCUUUUUACAGUCUUGUUAGAGAGAUACGUCGAAAGGAACAGCAAAAAGCUCUUGGGAAUGGAUCAAGUUCGGAAAAAAUAAACUCUCGCCGAAGAAGUCGCUGGUGGAGAAUACGAUCAAUUUUUGCUUUAGUUUUUCGUAGACGGAGAAAUUUAAACUAAUCUACUAUUUUUAUUCGUUCGUAUGAAUAACGAAAAAAAUGUUAUAAAUAUUUCAUCUUACAAAAUUUUCAAAAUAUGUGAGUUUCUUAAAUCAAAAGUUUCGCACAAACUACCAAACAAACAUAAACAAAAAGACCCGUACAGUACGUAAAAUCGCUUUAAUAGAAGGAGAAACAAAAAAAAAAUCAAAACGAAAAUCCCUUCGCAACUUUAAGACCUAAUCCUCCUGUAACAUUUUCUAAUAAAAGUUUACACAAAACUAUGUGUAUGCUUAUAAACUGGUUAGAUAGGUUUUAAAGGCCUUCAGGAAACGCACAAAAAAUCGAAAGUAAUAUCAUAUCCCACAGUUAGCAAAGGAAACUAUACCAAAAAUCUUUAAACUUAAGUUAACGUUACAAUUUAUUCAUAUACAAUUGAAAUGAAUGUUAAAUUUAAUUUUGUUAUUUUUAAUUUAAUUUAAAAUGUAUAAUUUUUUGUUAAGAAUCUAAUUUUAAUUGUUAUUAGCUUUAACUACCUAACUUUCAAUUUUUUUUGUUGCAUUUAUUAUUGCAAAUAUGUAUUAUAAUUUCAAAAAAAAAAAGAAAAGAAAAACUAAUCCUUAGAUCAGACAUAUCCAGUCGAUGUUAAGGCGUCAGGCUUAACCAAAUAGCAAUAUUGGUCAUUAUUAUUAAAACAAAAAGUAAAAAAUACAAACAACAAGCAAACAAUAAAAAUAACAUCAACAGUUUAACUCUUAAAAAAAAAAGUAUCUUUUCAAAGCACAUUCAACCUAAUAGUUUAAUUAGUAAAAAAAAAAACUUAAAGCAACUAAAAAAAAACAGAUUUGUUCUUAUAAUACCUACCAAACCAUCUGUGAUUUUAAUUAAGUACCUUUUUAGGUGAAAUACAAUUUAAGAAAACAAAAUAAUAGCACAAUACAAAGUAUAUACCUACAUUAAAAAAAAAUAUAUUAUAUAAAUUUAUAAAUUAUAUUUCAAAUCAAAAAAAUUAUGAUUAUCUCUUUGUUUCUGUUACAUAUUUCCUUCUUUUUUAUCUUUUUUUUCAAAUUCUUAUUUAUAAAAUUUUAUUAAUGCUAUAAAUAUUAUCAAACAGAAUAAUUAUUUCCUCUGGGUGCAUUGAUUGUUUAAGUUAUGUAUAUGAAUCCUUUUUAUCAUAUUUAUUCCUUUCUGCUUUCAAACGAAUCAUGAAGGGAACAAAUAAAAAAUCAAAAAAAUACAGUCGAAAUGUUGAAAAGCUCAAAAAAUUUAAUAAAUAUAAAAAAUAUAAAAUUAUAAAUACACAUCAUAGAAACAAAAGAAAAACAAAAAAACCCUCAAGAUAUAAAGGUAUAGAAAAGCAAUUAACUCGAAAUAAUCCUACAUUUUGUAAUAAAAAAAAACAACAAAACAA